AUGAUUCGUUCGGCGGCAACGGCGGCGGCAGCGGCGGCGGUGACGUGGAACAGAAACGAUGAGAACGAAGGCGACAACGACGACGACGACGACGACGACGACGACGACGAAGAUGAGGACAACGGUGAAAACGACGACGAAGAUGACGAUAAUGAGGACGACGACGGUAUCCCCGGGCACCCGGCGACGGCGGACGCGAGUACCGACGAGCUCCGCGAAGAUCGAAGACGAAGAUGUACCACCUGUAGGCGCAGAAGCAACAAUUGUCCGCCGUGUAUCGCGGUGGAGGGUAGCCCGACUACAUGGCUCGUACCGGGUGUGGCUGGGAUUCGCGACGUGUUCUCUGCGAAAUUUACGGGAACUUUACCAAUCAUCUCGGAAUGCAAGAUCGUGCGAGAGAUUAUGAGAGCGCCGUAG